AUGGAGCAAAGAUUUAGUAUACCUUAUCUUGCUGGAGCAAGCCACCAACCACAAGAUGCAGUGGUCGUUUCUGCUUCCAAUCUCUCAAAACAUCGGACAAUAAUGUCUAAUAAUCCUAAUACUACCACCACUACCACUAUUAAUUCCACACAAAUACAAAAUCAUGGUGAAUUAUUUGGUGGAUCAACAAUAAUAAAACCAACUUCUCAAACUGAACUUACAAGGACUAGUAAUGAUUUCUCUAGUUCAUAUUUAUCUUCAUCAACAGAAUUUUCAACAUCACAAUUACCCACCUCUUCAUUCAAUCAAUUUACUCAAUCUUCUGAUAUUUUGAUGACUCCAUCAACAUCUUCACCUUCCACCGCUAUCGCCGGAGAAUGCUGCACGGAAUGCUGUCCAGUGGCUGCUGCCGAAGCUGCGACAACUAAACAGAAUGGUGCUGAUGGAUUUGUGAUAGAAGAUUCUGAACUUCAAAGGUUUUCGUUUUCGAGCUUUAAAUAUUCUCAAAUUUUUGACUAUGGAUCGUCAGCUUCGAGACUUCCUACCUUUGGUCAGCCCCAAUCAACACGCGUUCCAUUAUCAAAUGGGAUAGAGACAUCUUCAGAUCAUCAUCUUUCGGCAAUAUUUGCAUGUUAUGAAAAUCACGAACAAAUGUCUCCAAUUAAUCAUGCGUCACCAAUAAUAAAUAGUAAUGAAACAGAAAACAUUUCAUCUAGCAUUAUCUCACUUAACCAAGAUAAUACUACAUCAACUGAAUCGUUACAAUCAGCAUUCACAUUCCCAUCGUCAUCAGAUGUAGAAGUGAUUCGGGACGAUCGGAACGGAAUCAUAAUUAAUCCUAGUCCACAUUCUUUCUCAGAUGAUUCGAUUUCAGAUGAUUUUAGCUCUGAGACCCCAUCAACUUUCAACUUAACAAUUAACACUAACCGAAAAGAAAAUCCUUUGUUCGAUGAAACUAGUGAUGAGAUGCGUUGUCUUUGGUCGACUUGUGCCGCUGUAUUUAGUUCAAUAGAUGAAUUAGUUCCACAUCUUUCAAAAUUCCAUGUAGCUGGAAGGCGUAAAGGUAAUCUCUGUCUCUGGGCCUCAUGUUCAAUGGAAAAGGAAGGACGUGAUGAAUUGAUAGAACACGUGUGCUCAGAUCAUUUGAAUACGCGUCAGUUUCAACAUUGUUGUAAAUGGGAUGGAUGCUCUCUACGAUUUGAAACUUUUGACGAAUUGACAGCUCAUGUGAGCGAGAGUCAUAUUGGCUCAGGACGAAGUCAAUAUGUCUGCCAAUGGGAAUCAUGUAGUCGUAAUGGUAGACCAUUUAAUCAACGGCAAAAAGUAAUGCGACACAUACAAACUCAUACUGGAGAUAAGCCAUAUCAAUGUACAGUUUGUAAAAAGCGUUUUUCCGAGCCUAAUAUUAUGACGCAACAUAUGAGAACUCAUACAGGAGAGCGCCCAUACAAAUGCCCAAUACCAGGUUGCGAUCGAGAGUUUUCGAUUUCUGGGGCAUUAACAAUUCAUUUACGGGUUCAUACAGGCGAGAAACCAUUCAAAUGUAAACAUGAAGGUUGUAAUAAACGAUUUGCAGAAUCUUCGAAUCUUACCAAACAUAUGCGUGUACAUACUGGCGAACGUCCAUUCAAAUGUCCAAUAGAGACAUGUAAUAAGAAAUUUUCACGUCCCGAUCAGGUGACACGUCACAUGAAGACACAUAACAAAAAAUGA